UUCCCAUCAUACCCUCCUCAAAAUUUCCAAUUUUCACCACCGAUAUUCCCAAACUACCCUUCUCUUUUCCCAAAAUGCACUCUUCUCAGAACUGGCUCGCCUUCUCUCUUUCCAACCAACCCUCUUCCAAUCUCUGCCUUCUCGAAGCCUUCAACACUAAUCAAGGUAGGGUCGAGGAUGACGUCCUCAGCAGCAGCAGCGCUGGACUGUCGAUGAUGUGUGCUGGACCGAAGCUCGAGGACUUUUUGGGCGGCGGGAGCGCUUCGUCGAUCGGGCGGUUCUCGGGUGCUGAACCCGCGACGGAGUCCGACGCGGCGAUGUACGAUUCCGAACUGAAGUCGAUCGCUGCUGGGUUCCUGAGGGGGUUUGGAGCGGAGCAGGCGGAGGCGGAGAAGACGGUUCUGCCCUCAGAGACGAAGAAGGCGGUGGACACGUUCGGGCAGAGGACGUCGAUUUAUAGGGGUGUUACGAGGCACCGGUGGACGGGGAGAUACGAGGCUCAUCUGUGGGACAACAGCUGCCGGCGAGAAGGGCAGAGCCGGAAAGGACGGCAAGUAUAUUUGGGUGGAUAUGAUAAGGAAGAGAAAGCGGCGAGAGCGUACGAUCUCGCGGCUCUCAAAUACUGGGGUGCGACCACCACCACCAAUUUUCCGGUUUCUAACUACGAGAAAGAGCUGGAAGAUAUGAAGAACAUGACUCGGCAGGAGUUUGUUGCAUCUCUCAGAAGGAAGAGUAGCGGAUUUUCUAGAGGCGCCUCUAUAUAUAGAGGAGUUACAAGACACCACCAGCACGGUCGAUGGCAGGCGCGGAUCGGGCGUGUCGCCGGCAACAAAGAUCUCUACUUAGGAACCUUCAGCACUCAAGAAGAAGCGGCAGAAGCAUACGACAUCGCAGCAAUCAAAUUCAGGGGCCUCAAUGCAGUGACCAACUUCGAUAUGAGCCGCUACGAUGUGAAGAGCAUCGUCAACAGCAACCUACCGAUCGGUGGAAUAACCACAAAAGCGAAAGCAUCGGAAUCCUCAUCGUCGGAUACCAAGAGUGUCGAAUCCAAGCUGAUUUUCGAUGAUUCCUUCGCGGCCCACUCAUCGAGCCUCAGCUUCGCUGUGCCCAUCAAACCUGACCCACAAGACUACUGGUCCCUGCUAGCAUUGCAUAAUCAAACCCAAAACAGUUCAAAGAACAACAACAACAACAACAACAACCUCUUCCAAUCAUCAGGCAAUUCAUCUGCCUUCCAUAGCCUCUCAAACUUCAAUCUGGAUUUCUCCACAUCCACAGCCGUUGAUCACAGCAAUGGGGUUCUGAAUGGUGGCAUGAUCCAACAACAGACCCCAUCCACUAUCCCUUUUGCCACUCCCAUUAGUGUAACAAGCAGUUAUGAUAGUUCCAGUUAUGGUAGCUGGGCCACACCUUCUAUCCAUCCAUACCAAGCUGCAAAGCCCAAUCUAGCCGUUUAUCAGACACCCAUUUUCGGAAUGGAAUGACCAAACAAGAGGGAAUGAAUGAUAGAGUAAGAGAGUGCACGUUUGUUAACGUGCGCACCCUCAGCGUACUCACAUGAGAGCAGACGAUAGGAACCUGACUUGUCUACAGGAGCUGCACUGACAUGCUAACAGAAAAGGACUUAAGUUAUGGUCAUGUUCUUUUACUGUCACUGACAUGAUUUAUUAGCUUUUUAGAAAAAGAAAAAAAGAAAAAAAAAAAAUCAUCCUGUAUGUUUUUGCUAUCAACAUAUGAAGAAGAUCCUCUAUCGGAUUCCAUACAUGCAUAUGUCUGCAUUAUAUGCCAAUGUAGCAUGAUUUGUGUACAAAUACAUGUAUGUGUCAGGUUGCUUUUUAAUGAAUUAUUAUUUGGUACUC